UUAUUCAACUGGUUGCCAAACUGUUAUGUUAAAAUAAGCGGGCAUGAUGUGAUCUUGCUCAGAUGUUAGAAUAAUAGGUGGCUAUAUAUAUAUGUAAUAUACAGUAGGAAGCGAUGGAGAAACUUGUGAUAUAUUUCGUGUUCUUAUUAUUUUCUGGUGCACAUACAAUUCUUGCUUAUACCUCAGAUCAUACAAUGGACAGAUUAGAUUACAUGGAAGACAGGCUUAAUGCGGAAAGUGCACGGCUUAAUGCGGAAAGUUCACGUCUUAGUGCGGAAAGUAAAGUCAGAAAGAAAGAGUUCAAUAUUUUGUACAACAAACUUGGACACAUUGAAACAAUGCUUCAUAACGUGAUUGAAAUGAAAGAAACUAAAAGUGACACUUUUAGAUUUAAAGACGAAACUGGAACUGUAUCUGGUGACAAAAUGAAAACAUUACUUAACGCCUUCAAGGAAGAAAAAGUUCAGAACAUUAGAUUUCGACGAGAAAUAUCUUACGAUAUGCGCAAACAAACUGAACACCUAAAGAAAGCUUAUGAACGUAAUGAAAACAGCCUGAAUAAUAUUUCAAGAGAGGUUGAACUGCUUAAACAGGAAGUAUUAAAUCAACACGUUGAUUCAAAGGAAACGGCAAAGCAUUUCCGGCAAAAUAUAGAAGAACAUAUUCAAGACCUGAGGCCUCCAUUAAACUUUACGAAAGAAACUGUUGAAACGAUUUCAUUGAAUGUUGAAAACCUUAAAGAACAGAUUGCCAAUAUAUCGGUAAACCUACAAAACGGUAUACAUUUUCAAAACACGUGUCCCGGCAAUGCACUUGAGGAAAAGCUAGAGGUGACCAGUGUUCAACCAGUCAAACGGUACAAAUCGUGUUUGGAAUUAUACAAUAAUGGCUUUAAGUCUAAUGGAGUUUUCGACAUAGAAAUACAUCAAUCUAAAGUUGAUAAAACAGUGGUACCAGUUUACUGCGACAUGGCCACUGACAAUGGAGGUUGGACUGUAUUCCAACGACGUCAAGAUGGUUCUGUCGACUUUUAUCGUGACUGGAAUGAUUAUAAAUAUGGAUUCGGCGAACUGGAUGGUGAAUUCUUGCUUGGCAAUGAGUACGUUAACAUUAUUAGCGAUGAUGGCGGGACACAUGAGCUAAGAAUUGAUCUAGAAGACUAUGACGAGAACCGUGCCUAUGCAAAAUAUAGUAAAUUUAAGGUAGGUCCAGAGAGCACAAACUACACGCUAGAAGUGAGUGGUUAUUCCGGGGAUGCUGGUGACUCGCUGUUCAAGUCUAGUAAUAGUGAUUACAUACAUAACGGAAUGCAGUUCUCUACAAAGGACAGGGAUAAUGACUUAUACGGCGGUGGUAACUGUGCAUCCAUCUAUAAUGAUGCAUGGUGGUACAACCGUUGCUUUGCUUCACAUUUGAACGGUUUAUAUAAUAAACAAUCAAGAUGCAAAACAUAUCCUAAAUGUAUUGUUUGGGAAAGUUGGAAAGGCUGGUCGUACUCCUUGAAAUUUACUGAAAUGAAAUUCAGAUGAAAUGUGUUUCUACUUUUUAUAAAACACGUAUUGAGAUGUGCUGGACCUUUUCAGUCUAGUAGAACAUGUAAAUAAAAGAUCAAGGAUGCGUCGAAAUAAAUCAGUGUUUCACUUUCAUUACAUCUUUUUGGCCUUGCAUUAAAAUGAAAAAAAGAAAUUAAAACCUUAAAGACCAUUUCGCAUUUCAGUCCAUUAUUGCAUGGUACUUGUAUUGUCUAAAGAGCCGCCAACCGCUCAGCCUGUCAAAAAGCACAGGUCAUGUUUUGAUUUUUGCAAAAAUAAAUAUAUACCAGGUAGUAAUAAGUUGAAAUAAUUGCAAAUUUAGAAUUCUGGCUUGGCAAAUAGUAUAUUAACUUCUUUACCACGAGUUCAGGACCGUGACUGAGUGAAUGGUGUCCAUCCGACAUAUAAUUAACGUAAGGUUAUUCUAGAGAAAACAAACUAUACACUUGAAUGAAUAGUUAUAUCAGGGACGGUGGAGACUCGCUUUUGAAAAAGGAUCUGACUACAUACAUUCUCUCCAAAGGAUUUGGAGAACAACCCCAGCACAUAUUGCAACGGUAUGUGGUUGCUUAACCACAAUGCUUUGCUUCACAUUUGAGGGGUAUAUAUCAUAAUCAGCUGUAUCCUCUGAAGUGAAUGGAACAAUUACAGUUACAACAUGAAGUGGAUAUACGAUAGAAAAUAUAUAAACCAUAAUAUUUUAGUUACGCUGUCUGGAUAUGAAAAAUAGAUUACCACAACUGGAGGUGUGCUAGAUAUUCAAUAAAUAGAUGGUUUGGCGCAAAAACCUUCCCAACUACAUAAUUAUGAAAUUUGCUGACAUGCUGACAUGAAACUCCAAGACCAUAUGGAUUUAUUUGCGUAUACUUUGAUAUAUAUUGUAAAGUUGAGAUGUUUGCUGAAAGUGUAUAUCCGCUUAGAAAAGUUUUAAAUGAUUUGUAUAUAUAUGUUUUUGAAUAAAUGUUUUGUGUAGAACGCCUCAAUGUUAUAUAUAUAUAAUCGAUACUUUGAAUAAUUAUAUUUAUAUUGUUC